CAGUCGUUCAGGUCAUCAAUGGUCCUCCAAGACACGGACGACGAUAUGACCGACUCAAUACCUGAAUCACCAAGCUUCGCAUUUUCAAGCCAUCCAUCAUGUUCAUCUUUCGCCAUCAAUCUGGAAAGCUAUGUUGCCCACAAUCCAGUCAAGAGCACUACAUUCGGUGCAACAAUCCAGACCUACUACAUCGCCACCGGCGCCAUGGUUUUUGACAAGUCAAGUCCACAACGCAUCUUGCUGGUGCAACGCGCCUCGACCGACAGCAUGCCGAAUCUGUGGGAAGUCCCUGGUGGUGCAGUUGACCCAGAGGAUCCAACUAUUCUACACGCAGUGGCGCGUGAGCUUCGGGAAGAAGCCGGACUGACUGCUACUAACAUCGGACCCCAAGUCGGCGAGGUUCAGAUAUUCGUCACCAGAAGAGGAUUGACAAUUUGCAAAUUUCAUUUCCUGAUAGACGCCAAAACCAGCCCAGACGGGACCAUGGACGUCAAAUUGGACCCUGGAGAGCAUCAGAGCUAUGUAUGGGCAACGGAAGAACAGGUCAAGGCUGGCAGAGUGAAUGAUGUCCAGUUGAAGUGGACUCUCAGGGAGCAAGAAGCGCCCGUGCUGGAGGCUUUCCUGGCAAGAAAUGCUCAGUCGAAGAUUUGAGUACAGAUCUUGCCCUUUGCGGAUUACCCAGCUCGAGUGCCUGGUACCCUCGACUUCAUGGCUGACCGCGUUGCCUUGGUUCAGCAUCAGGCGCCGCCAAAGACACGAAAGGUGCUUAAAGCAUUCCCGGC